AUGGCUAGCAAGAUGAAGAUGAAGCACGAGAAGUAUUGGGGAGAUGUGGAUAAAAUGAACAAGCUACUUUACAUCGUCACUCUCGGAUUGGGUGAUUCUGCACUACCAUCAGCCGAGGAGGAUCCUGAAGAGGUUGAGAAAAUUAAUGAAGAAUUAAACAAGUUGAUGAAUGUUAUCUCUAUAAGAGAUAAUCUUGUUUCAUCUACCUCGGCUUCCAAUGUUGAGAGUGGGAGGAGGAACGAAAGCAAUGCAUCUAGUAGCGCUUGUGGUGAUAAUUCUGAUGUCUCUAUGCAUGAUUGA